GCCCCACUUACUUGGACCUUUGCUCCACCACCGGGGUUUCCGUCUGAACGCUGCCGGCGAGAAGAACUCCAUGGCUCGCGUGGGGGUUGGCGGGAUGCCGGAGACGGCCGUCGGAGGAGGAGUGAUGCUGAACCGGCGGAGGAGCAAAGCCAGACGGAAGAAGCGAAAGGAGUUGUUCGGCGUCCAGAUGUGCUUCACGGGGGUGGUGCUGGGGCUGGUCGCGGGGCUCCGGUGUGUGUCUCAGGGAGCAGGAUAUCAAUUUUCCAGAGAUGUGGACCUGGAGGAGGCAAGGUGGGGCAGUCGUCACCUUCUACAAGAAGUCUUUGACAAUGAGUCAAAGCUCUAUUCUGAGCCUGAGAAAAACUGCACUGAACCAGCAAUCCACGAGUUCCCAAGGGAUUACUUCACCUUCCAGGAGCGAGCUGAAGGAGCAGUUGGCCUGCAUGUCCUCUGUGCAGUCUACAUGUUCUAUGCCCUUGCCCUGGUGUGUGACGACUACUUUGUCCCUUCACUAGAGAAGUUAUGUGAGCGUCUUCAACUUAGUGAGGAUGUUGCAGGAGCUACCUUCAUGGCAGCAGGCAGUUCAGCUCCUGAACUGUUCACCUCCGUCAUUGGAGUGUUCAUCACUAAAGGUGAUGUCGGGGUUGGCACCAUCGUGGGCUCAGCUGUCUUCAACAUUCUUUGCAUUAUUGGAGUGUGUGGAAUAUUCACUGCUAAGACGAUCCAUCUGUCCCGCUGGCCUCUGCUCAGAGACUCUGCUUACUACACCCUGUCUAUCUCUGCUCUCAUAGUGUUCAUAUAUGACGAAAAAGUGGUUUGGUGGGAAGCUCUGACGCUGAUUCUGAUGUAUUUCGUCUACAUUUUGAUCAUGAAGAUGAAUUCCCACGUUGUUCAUUUUUUGGAGAGGAGGAAGAAGAACUCGUCCAGUUUGAGGAAUGGAGCUGCCAGUAAUGCUGAGUUAGAUGAUGGCUGCGAUGCUACAGCAGUACUGUUGAAAAAAGCAAACCACCACAGGAAGCCUUCGGUGCUUAUGGUGGAUGAGCUGCUGUCAGCCUACCCCCAUCAGUUGUCCUUCUCUGAGGCCGGCAUGAGGAUCAUGAUCACCAGCCACUUCUCCCCCAGAACUCGCCUCACCAUGGCCUCACGAAUGCUCAUCACAGAGAGGCAGCGUCUAAUCAACACACGGACUUUGACCAAUGGUGACUCCGACGUUCCGGUGAAAGGAGGAAGUAGGCGGGGCAUAGAAAACGGGCUGUCCGGGGCAGAGAAAAGUGUCAAAGUUCGCCAUGAUGACCGUGAAGCUGGCAAUGAGACAGAGAAUGAAGACAAUGAAAACAACGAGAAUGAUGAAGAGGAAGAAGAGGAGGAGAGGGAGGGACCCUUUGUUCCCUUCCAGUGCCCAGCGGGAGUGUGUAACAAGCUGAAAUGGCUGCUGGCCUGGCCUCUGUGCCUACUGCUCUACUUCACCGUCCCCAACUGCUCCUUGCCUCGCUGGGAGAACUGCUUCAUGCUGUCCUUCUUCUGCUCCACCUUAUGGAUUGCUGGAUUCUCCUACAUCAUGGUCUGGAUGGUGACAGUUAUUGGCUUCACCCUCGGGAUCCCAGACGUCAUCAUGGGCAUCACCUUCUUGGCAGCUGGCACCAGCGUACCUGACUGCAUGGCCAGCCUUAUAGUGGCAAGACAAGGAAUGGGAGACAUGGCAGUUUCAAACUCCAUUGGCAGUAACGUAUUUGACAUCUUGGUGGGGCUUGGUCUCCCCUGGUCCCUGAAGACCCUGGCUAUCAACUACGGCUCCGAUAUCAAACUGAACAGUAAAGGAUUGAUCUUCUCUGUGGGGCUCCUGUUGGCGUCUGUGUUUAUCACAGUCCUUGGAGUUCACUUAAAUAAGUGGACGUUGGACAAGCGUUUUGGUUUAAUUUGUCUCCUCCUCUACUCCGUCUUCCUGUGUUUCUCCUGCCUUAUUGAGUACAACAUUUUCACCUUUGUCAACCUGCCAACUUGCCGGGAUGACUAAUAAGUCUGCGCGUGCACACACGCGCGCAAACACACACACACACACACACACACACACACACACACGGUAUUAUGUAGAUUGUGGAUGAAUGGCAGAUGAAGCCAGUUGUGGUUCCCACUUUCUUUGUUUCUUUGAUGCUCAGUGCAGCGUGGAGCUGUUCUGGUGUUUGCCCAUCACCAGCGAUUUGAGGAGCGGAGAUGGACUCAUCACAAGCCCUCACACACAGAGGGCAGCACUGACAACACAAAAAAGACCUUUGUACUAAUUUUGAAACUUCCCAUGUUUAGGUGUAAAAGUUGUGAUGUUUCCUAGCUGCUAACCUUUCCCAAGAGGAAAGCUGUGUCUUUUAGAUCUACUAGUUGAGAGUAAUAAUGAUACAAGCAAUGGCGUAGAGAGGUUGUGGUCCACCAUUAUCGUAGGACUAUUUACAUUGCCAAUAUGUUAAUGAGUCAUGAAUACGAGGGUUGAGUGCGUUUACUAAAGUUUAGACAUAAGGCUACAGAAAACAAGCCCACACCCCCUUACACAGAAGCAGGGCAUCAUCCUGUACUCUUUUUAUAAUUUAACUUCAGUAAUAUCACAUUUGUAGCCUUUACGUUCUGCGUUGGAAGGAUCGUAGCUUUAUGGAGUGAUUUAUUUUUUGUUUCCUUCUGUAAAUAGUGCACCUUUGUAAAUACUCCCAGAUGUUCUAUUUAAUAUUUAUUCAUGUCAGCCGACAUUUCUCCUCUGGUGGCCACAGGGUUUAUUUAUGGAACCAGGCUUGUUGAAAACCAGACCUAAGAUCAGUUCAGAUGACCACUCUUAUACAAACAAGCACAAUUUGCCCUGAAGGUAUUUGUCCUGUUGAUUUUAACACUGACAUGACUUCGAUGCAGGUAUGCUUUUUGUGUGUGAGGAUGCAAACUAGUUACUAAGUUCACAAGGAGGCUGCUCCUAAUGCAUGCUGAUUAUAAGGAUAUGAUCCUUGUAAAAUGAAGCAGGUUCAUGUGAAAUAAUCAUGUCGAGGUUUUAGGAGGCAGAUGUUGUAUAUCGGGGGGAUGAUUGUGGGCAGAUGAUAAGUCUGUACUCAUCCACUUAGUGACUGCUUUUUCUCUUCUCAGAAACACUGACCAAAUAGACUCAGAAAAGUGGCAGCAUCACUCAAAGCAACACCUGUAUGUUUGAAUGAGGUUUUGCCUCCGUAGAACAGGUGAGCUGAUCUGUGUUAUCUGCUUGAAGUCAGGUCUUUAAAUGGUUGUAUCAUUGGAGUAUAGUACAGUUGCAAUAUAAAGCAUCAGGACUUUUAUCCCAGCUUGAAUACUUAAUGGCUGGGGUUUCAACUUUAUUUUUUAUCCAGAAUCCGUAUUUUGUAAUGCCUAAUGUUUUAGAUUUGUCCAGUUAUGGUAGGCUUGUGGUAUAUAAAUAUUCCUACAAAUUUUUAGAGCAUGUACAGUGUGGUUUGUGAACCCCUACUGGAUAUUUUUAUUCCACUUCGGGAGUCAAGACACGCCAGCAAAGUCCCUCUCUUCCACCACUGUAGAAGUGAACAGUAGUCUGUCAGAGCCUGUUGCUGUUUUUUCUCACUGAGGGAAGACAACAUGAAACAAAAAGUCUGGUUUGUUUCAGGUACAUUUUACAUUUUUUAUUUAUUGAUCAGUUAUAUAAAAUAUCUAUUCUGAGAACUAUUGUCUUUUGAAUGUGAAAUGAUUAAUAUUGUUUUUGUUUAUGUAUCUAUCAUAUUUAUUUCAAAGACACAGACAUAGCAAUCUGGGAUAUGACCGGAAUACAGGGUUUAACAUGUUUGAAUCUUCGGUAAUGCAAUAACUGAGCUUACAAAGCGCUUUGAGUGGUCAUCAAGACUAGAAAAGCGCUAAAUAAUACAAAAGCAUUUACCAUUUACAAAUAUGUAAAUAUGCUGUUUUAAGGAAAUUUAAUGGGAAAUUUGUAUUAGAGUUUAAAAGAUGUAAAUGAUGUCUGUCAGUAUUUGACACUGUAAAAUCCUGUCAGUCUUUGUGAAAUGAUUUAUCAGAACAAGACUGUUAUUAACACACAGAAGUCCAAAUAUCAUUACAAUGAAGGAAAAUUUAAUUAAUAAUGAGUUGAAUGGUUUAAAUCACUGUCAGAUAGAUAGUGGUCACUAUAUUUGCAUGUAUUUUUCUUUGCCAUGAAGUAUCAGGUUCAAAAUGUCUCUGGAUUUCAUUAACAGCGUUUAAAGACAGUUUCUGUUUUUUACAAUAUGUUGCCAAUGUCCCAUUGUUUCCUAUUUCUCAGAAUGCCCUCUGACUAAUUAUAGGAAAAAGAUCAAUUAUUUUAUGUCACAAUUUAUCAAGUAACCAUUCAAGUACUUUAAUUUUAAUGUUAUGUAUUUAGAUGCACAUUUCUCACAGAAAUAAAAAUGUUUAGAAUAAAAUUUAAUUAUAAGUACUCAUGGUGAGUUAUGGUCAGCUCAUCAAGAUUGUAUAUGUCACAUUUUAUUUGGCUCGCAUUUCCAACCCACAGUAAGAUGGUUCCUGGUUCAAAUCCUUCAGGCAGCAUUUCUGUGCAGGUUCAUCACACAGUCUGGAAAACAAAUAAACAAACACAGAACAUGCAGAUUGGGGUUAGAUAAAUUAGACUCUAAAUUGAUUGUAGGUGUAAAUGUGAGUGUGACCGGGUGUUUGUCUCUGAGAUGUUGGCUGUGUAACACACACACACACAAGCUUGAGGAUUGUGAGGCGUUUCUUUCAAAAUCUGAAUAAAACAGUUUUGAUUCUCCA